AUGCUGCCUAUGCGCAAUGAUACCGGGACGCUUCCACAGAAGCACAACAGACUGCAGUUCGAUGGUGGCUUUUCUAUCUGCAUGCACCAGCGCUGCGCAAAGCGGCGAACCUUUGUAGCUUCUAGAAAACACGGCAUGAGCGGGUGUGCGUUUACUGUGCUGCUCCAUCAGCGGUUUCGAGCGUCUGCGCCAGCGACGGUCCGUUCGCUUUCCCAAGUUCUGGCGAUCCAACUGCCUCGCAUGGGCCUUUCUGUCAAGUUUGGGCUCUUCCGCAUUGCCUUUUCGCAAUGGAAGCCGAACCUUGACGUGCCCGAUAUCUGUGCAACCGCAGUGCCGCUUUAG